AUGCCCGUCGCUCUGCCUGAAUUGACGCAGGACCGCCUGCAGGUUCUCAAAGUUCCUGAUGAUCCCCCGAAUCCGGCCAACGUAGCAAAAGCCUACAUCUUACUUAACCAAGCCUCCAGCCGCGCUAUUCACUACCUCGAUGGUCGGCUCAUCAGCGACGUCGAUAUUUGCAAGGUGGCGACAUAUGCCACUCAGCUCAUCACUACCAGGAUCGGUCGCCCGGAUAUUCGUGACGAAGUGGUGGCUGCCCUUCGUGACACCAUGCCAACCCUUUUACAACCUGUUCGAAAUGAUAUCACGCGCGUAAAAACAGAAUUAGCCGGUGCUCGACGGGAUAUAAGGCGAAAUGGCCGUCUCAUUGGUCUUACAUGGAAUGGUAACUCUCGGCCUACAGACACGGCCACGUUUGAGAUUGUCCCGUUUCCCAAUUUUGAGGACCCGACUACUGCUCCUCACAAUCUCCCCCCUCUGCAUUCACCGCAGGCUAUCGACGAGUUAGGGCCUCAUCACUUGCGGGCUUACGUUCGAGGUUAUCACCCCAAUCUUCAAGCACCUGGCGAUAGAAAUGAAUGCAUCAAGCUAGUUCUGACCGGGAUCGGUGCCUACGGACAUGUCCGCGAGUAG